AUGGCGUCCGAAAUCUCAGGCUCUCCAGAUUCGUCUUGGACGAUUCCAAACGAGAAAAAUGGCGUCCAUCUGACUGAAGCUGAAAGAAGAGUUUACGAGAUUCUUCUUGGUGUUGUGAAGGGACGAAGACAAACCAAUAUCGAAAAGCCUAGAGUACUCGUCAUUACAGAUCUCGCAAAGGACUACGACGAUCUCGCGGCUAUGGUCGUCUUAAAAGAGUUACAUCGUCUUGGGGUUAUUGAACUUCUGGGAUUUAUCGCGAAUCUCGAACCUGCAAAAGAUCGUGCUCGUUUCGGUCGUGGUGCGCUCGAUCUUCUGGGUUUACCCGAUAUGCGCAUAGUUCAAGGUACUCGUGGAUUUGAUGAUACAAAGCCAGAGAAGGAGAGACACCGUGUUGAAGACUAUGAAUUUGAUUGCGCUUUUAUGUCAUCUGAUACAGAUCCCCGGUUUUUUAGCGAGGAAAACCCAAAAGAGAGGUUAUGUGGCCAAAGUUUACUGAGAACCUUACUCCAGAACGCUAAGACAGCAGGUCAGAAGUUAACUUUGUUGCUUUUGUCAUCAUUGGCAGAUAUUCACAUAUUCUCAAAAGAUCAUGAAGACCUCAUGCAAGCCUCUGUCUCGAACAUAGUACUGCAAGGUGGCUAUUAUAUAUCUCCAGACGGAGCUCUUCUAUCUCUGGACACGGCAAACAACAACCGAUACGACCCAACAGCCGCAAGGGAGUUCCAUGCUCUCAUACAAAGACUGAAGAUACCUUCGACAGUGUACACCAAAUUUGCAGCUAUUGCGGCUAGACUUGACCUGGAUGUUUUCAUCGAACUUGCCAAAACCAAGAACGAAGUAGGUAUGCAUCUUCUGAAGGUUCAGAAACUGCAAGAUAUUUCUUUCUACCGAAAUGCGUCCCAAAAAGACCCCAGCAAGCGAUUCCGUCCCGAUUUAGAUCAACAUCACUUUUCCCGUACUAGAACAAACUGGUUAGAUGCACAUCCAGAUGGCGAGCAAUACCCUGAAGGAGAGGAGGUGACCAAAUUUACCAAAGUUGUGGUAUAUGAUGCUUUGGCUGCACUUGGUGUCUCAGGAAAUGACGUGCUCGAGGCCUUGAAUGUUCUUGAUCUUCCCCCGUCAGCGAGAGGUAUUACAGAGCCCACUCUUGCAACAGAAGUAAAGAAGAGACACCUGAUUGUGGGCAUUGAGGGAGAAUCCUCUGGGAUUCAUGUUGCAAAUAUGGUCACAGCUCUGACUGCACUUUUGAAGGGGUCCUUGAUAACUUCCCCUUCAAAUUGA